AGGAACAGCUGAAAAAGAACAACAAAGCAGCGACGACGACGACGGUAAAAACAACAGAUGUGCGUCUAAAAUAUACUUAAAACAUCGGUGACAUUAUCGCUGACGGGGACAUCUUGAGCCACCGAAACAAAUUUGAAAAGGCUCUUAUUUUAGCCUUAGUUGAGUCACUCCCAGAGAUUUGACAAUGGGACGCAUCUUCUUGGACCACAUUGGUGGAACUCGGCUCUUCUCCUGUGCCAACUGUGACACCAUCCUGACCAACAGAUCUGAGCUCAUAUCGACACGCUUCACAGGAGCCACAGGCAGAGCUUUCCUUUUCAACAAGGUGGUGAACCUGCAGUACAGCGAGGUGCAGGACAGAGUGAUGCUUACUGGCAGACACAUGGUGAGAGACGUCAGCUGCAAGAACUGCAACAGCAAGCUGGGCUGGAUCUAUGAGUUUGCCACUGAGGACAGUCAGCGCUACAAAGAGGGACGUGUCAUCCUGGAGCGAGCGCUAGUCAGAGAGAGUGAGGGCUUUGAGGAGCACGUCCCCUCAGACAACUCAUGAGUCCCUAACCUUGGAUUAUCCCCCUACCCCUCUCCUUUGUCCCCUCGCCUCUGCGCCACGCAUCACCACCUGCAGACUUAGUGGCCAGUGAAGUUUCGGCUUCACCCCGUCACAACCCUUCCCCGUCUCCGGCCUUUUAGACCUCUGCUGAUUAGAAGAUUGGUUUGCUGGCUCCACACUUGCUGAACAGGCUUUCCUAAAAUACUUGUGUCACAGGGCACCACCCUUAAAACAGCUCGGAACACACAUAGGGAGUUAUAACUUCACUUGUCCAAGUGUUCAUGCACGGUUACAUCAAAUUUCCACCACCUCAGAAGGCAUGCUCCACAUUUCUUUAAUGGUAACCAAAACACAUGCAUGAUAAAGACAUGGUCAGUUACACACACAAAAACAUCACCUAGUUGUUUUGUUUAUUUAGAUAACUGAAGGCAGGAGAGCUGAGCGUGUUCAGCAUCCAGACCGGGGCGAGGCAGCCAGCCCGCUCUGCACAGCGAUGUUAAAUGAACCGAUGGACGUGUCACUGUACAUAUUGCUUCUGUGAGGCUUCUGUGUUGUGACUUUUUGUCUCAGUGUAUUUGUCACCCGUGUGCACUGAAUGCCAUCAAGACCAUGAUAGUUGUUUAUUCUAUAUCAGUUACCUUUUAUUAGCCGGUAGUGUAAUGAAUGUAAUAGUGUUUAAAAUCUAUGUUCACGUAAAAGUGAUACCGAAAAGACCGCACAGAUUGAUGUCAUAUUUAAGUAUUCAUUGGAGUGUUUGACCAUGAUAGGCGUUUUUCUUGCUGAUUUGAUGAGCAUUUAUUUUGGUUAUUCUUGAAAUGUACACAAAGUGGCUUUAAGUGUCUCCAUUAUUGCAGUUCAUAGUGUGGACAUGACGUACACUUAUAUUCUAUCACUCUCCAUCUGUUACCAUGGAUUCUGUGCGUGUGUGGUGUACCGUGUGAAGAGAAACGUGUCACUUGGGUGACUUAUGAGGAGCGUGUACCUUCCAGCCAUGUGUCUUCAGUGUGACGGGGAGGGGGAAUAUGUCUGAGGUGUGAUGGAGACAUUCUCUGGCUGCCUGCCGGUUUAAGGACAGGAUCAUGAGAGGAUGGGUCAUGCAAGUGUUUGAAAGUAGCCAACACUGGGAGACAAUGUGAGGCAAGUUUAAAGACGACUUCUGGAGAAAUAACCAACAGAAGUUACUCUCUUUUCAUUUAAUACAUUACAAUGUUGGAAACGACACUAAAAAUAUGUUUAAAUCAAGCCUGAGUUUGACUGUAAUCUGUUUAUUUUAACAGUUGACCCCAGCUGCUGUCUCCGAGUGUUUAAAGGUUCAGUAGGAAAUUUUUAGAAAAAUAACUUCUCGUGUUUGAUGAAACAGCCACUAUAUCCUGACAGUAGUACAUGUGAUAGCUAAUCUUAUGACAAAGACAAGUAAACUUCAAAAAACUAAGGCCAGAAAUUUAGCCUUAACUUCUGCUUCCACAGAUGAGACUGACUCCUUGUAAAUGUCAGUCAGAGGAACAUGAUUUUUUACACAGAUUAUGCAUCUCUUGUAUUUCUGUCAGCAAUAGUUUCAGCAAAUAUGACAAAAAAAAAUUUCAUAAUGUUUCCUAUUGUAACUUUUAACUACUCUCAGUCUAGUGACCCAUCCUCUUUUUGUAAUCCUCGGCUUUUUGGUCACAAGAUGACUUGUUUGUUACAACACAAAACCGACGCUAGCUUUAAUGGAGUUCUAGUCUUUAAAGUUGAGCCUUUGUCCUCUGACUAUGCCAGAGCCUGCAUUUUAUAUUGCCAGCAUCCUGUAAAUCAAUCAAAAUGUCAAACUGUUUAAAAAAAUCUUAAUCUCCAUGACAUUUGGGGUUAUUUUUGGAGUGGGUUUCAGCACAGCAUCAUGCCCUGGUGUAACAUUGUGCCAUUUAAGAGCGUGCAUGCCUGCAGGCGUUACCAGAAUGGUCCAGCCCCCACUAGCGACACUGUUAAUGUUUUUGCCCGCCUUUAAAAGGUCAUGCAAGGCAGUGUCUCUACAAAAUAAAUUUAAAAAAGAACAGGACAGUGACACCAUUUAUAUCCCCAAUUUAGUGCAGUGUACAGUCAAUGGCCGUGACAGAAUAUUAUCAUUUUGUUGUUCACUUUUACCAUUUUAUUGAUAGGACGUUGUUUUUAUUUGCUUUACUCUAUAUGGUUAUUAUUUUAUUGACUUAUACAUUUAUCUUACUGUAUAUUUUCUCUAUUGGAGGUUUGGAAAAAAAAAGUUUUCUUCUAUGGCUAUAGUUUUCUCUGAUGUGAUUUCUAAAUAAAUGUAGUCUUGCUGGGUUCA